UCUGCUUCGUCGUUAUUUUAUUAUUCGGUUGUGUACUUUGUCUUUAACUUUUUCUAUUGUUUUGGGCUAAUGCUAUUGAUUUUGCCCUCAAAUCUGUAUCUGCCUGUCUCAGUCUCCCUGAAACACAUAAGUAUAGGCUAAGUAUAAACAGGAAUAAUUUACAACUACUGUAGACAAUAGUUGGCUAUUUUUACAAGGCUUGUUUUGCUUCUUUGAUCCUCUCUCUUCAUGGUAAACACAUGUGUUCCUAGUAUAUUUUUCAGCUUUCAUCAUGCAGGACGAGGCUCACACAUAAAGUUUAGUUUGUUGAUGACAUCCUCUACAUUGUUGGUAUUGCUGAUUCUUCAGUUUGGAUUUGGACAAAGCUCUCAUAAACAUCUCCAGCCGCACAACCCUGAACAUGACACGAACAUCCUGCUGGGAGAUGAGGACACUGAGGAGAUAAAGAAACUUAGCCCAGCAGAGCAGAGGACAAAGAUGAUGGAAAUUGUGAAGCGGAUUGAUACAAAUGCUGACCAUCUCCUAAAUGCAGAGGAGGUCACGCUGUGGAUUCAGCAAGUCUACAGAAAAUAUGCUCUGGAUGAUGCGAAGGAGCGUUUCCCUGAGUUUGACACUGACAAAGAUGGUGUUGUUACUUGGGAGGAAUACAACAUGGUCGCUCAUGAUCAGCUCAUUAGUUUUGAUGACGGCGCUGUUCUGGAGGAUCCAGAGCAAGAGUCUUUCAGACACCUCCACCUGAAAGAGAGAAGGCGCUUUGACUUUGCUGAUGUGGAUGGCACACCGGGGCUUAAUGUGACAGAGUUUCUUGCCUUUACCCAUCCGUCUGAAGUGGAUCAUAUGGCUGAUUUUGCCAUUGAGGAUGUGUUGAGUGAAUAUGACACGGAUAAAGAUGGACUCAUCAGUCUGAAUGAAUUCAUUGGAGAUGUCCGUGGUGAUGAGGAGUCCCCGUCACAGUGGGAAAUUGAAGAAACUGUGCGGUUUAGAGACCUCUAUGAUCAAGAUCAGGAUGGCAAGUUGAAUCGAGACGAGCAACUCCGCUGGGUGGCGCCUAAUAGCUACGGCUCAGCAAGAGAAGAGGCUCUUCACCUCAUCAAGGAAAUGGACCACGAUGGAGACGGACAGAUCUCAGAGGCUGAAGUUUUGAAAAAUCAAGAAACAUUCAUGAACAGUGAAGUGACAGACUAUGGCAGACAGCUGCAUUUAUCACAUGAUGAACUAUAACUGGACUUGAUGUUGUUGUUUUUUGUCAUUUGUUUCCAGGAAAUUGUAUUAUUCAUUUCCUGUGUUGUACUUUGACAGUAGUGGAUUUGCUUCAUUGU